AUGAAAAAUUACAAACUGAAAUUAAAAGAAAAUGAUGAUUUUGUAUAAAUCUACUUUGAUGCUUUUUCUAAAGCAAUUUAAGGAUAAUAAAAUGAGAACUUUUAAAGAAAUCAUUAGAAAGUACAUGAUAGUUUCACUCUUUUUGAAGAUUUAUCAAUAAUAUUGAAAUUGUAUAGUCUUCCUAAAGUUUCUCAAAAAAAGGGAUUUUAAGAUAUAAGUAUUAUUUUAAAACGAACUUAUAUAAGUAUACGAAAUAGGUAUUAAUUAAAUUAAAUCAAGAUAUCAAUAGUAUUUAUAACAUCUAAAAAACUAAGACUUUGAAAAGAUCUAUUAAUUUUUAUAGAAAUAUGGCAUUGAUGGUUAACUCAAUUUUUAUCUUGAAAAUGGUAAUUGUUGGAAAUUGAAGGAUAUAUCAGCUAUUUUAGCAUCUCCAAUAUAUUAUUUAAUUGAAACUCCAAUUAAGGAAAUCAAAGAAAAUAUGUAACCUUAAAAAUAUAUAUCUAAUUUAAAAAUAGAAAAUAAAGAGGAAUAACAACCAAUUGAACCUUAGGUUUAAAAGAAAAUAAAGUUUUAAUUUUCAGCUAAGUAUUCUAUUAAUUAAAAUUAGUUCAAAAUAUGAUAAAUCAAAUAAAAAAUAAUAUUCAUUUUAAUCUGAAUAAACUAAUUUAAAUAUAGAAUAAAAAUAAACAGUUGAAGAAUUAAAAUAUACUUUAAAAUUAUUGUCCAAUUUUUUAAAUGUCUCAUAUAAAGAUCUUGUUUAAAAAAUGUAUUAAUGUUCAGGAGAUCUUAAUACUCUUUUUAGAGUAUUUUCUAAUAAUUAAGAAAGUUUACUUUGGACUAGAGAAGCUGAUGAAGCAUUAAAAUCAUAUUUAGAGUAGAAUGACAAUUUAGAAAAAUAAAAAUUAAAGGCAAUUUUAAAUGGAGAAGAAUAAAUACAAAAAAGAAAAGAAUGGUUAUUUGGAUGA